ACCACCUCAUUGUUGCACAGUACACAAAAUUUUGGUCUAUAAUUAUAUGCAACCUCCCUCUCUUCACAAUCAUCACAUCCCUUACUCGCAGGCGAACACAAACACUCUCUCUUUGCCUCUUGGCGCAAUUCGAUCGAAGCUAUCUACCCUUCCAUGGCGGCAGGACUCUCCACCGCCGCAAUCUUAAAGCCCUACAAUCUCGUCCAACCCCCAAUCCCUCUUUCUAAACCAACCACAUCACUCUUCUUCAACCCCUUAAGAUGUUUCCAUCACAGUACAAUCCUUCGAGUUCGACCCAGAAGAAGAAUGAGCGGCUUCACCGUUUGCGUCCUCACGGAGGAUUCCAAAGAGAUCAAAACGGUCGAACAAGAACAAGAACAAGUGAUUCCUCAAGCCGUGUCAGCAGGUGUGGCAGAGAAGUUGGCGAGAAAGAAGUCCCAGAGGUUCACUUAUCUCGUUGCGGCUGUCAUGUCUAGCUUUGGCAUCACCUCUAUGGCAGUCUUUGCCGUUUAUUAUAGAUUCUCCUGGCAAAUGGAGGGUGGAGAUGUUCCUUGGUCUGAAAUGCUAGGCACAUUUUCCCUCUCCGUCGGUGCUGCUGUGGCUAUGGAAUUUUGGGCAAGAUGGGCUCAUAGAGCUCUUUGGCAUGCUUCCUUGUGGCACAUGCACGAGUCACACCAUCGACCAAGAGAGGGACCGUUCGAGCUCAACGACGUUUUCGCGAUAAUUAACGCUGUCCCUGCGAUCGCUCUUCUCUCAUACGGUAUUUUCCACAAGGGUCUGGUCCCUGGGCUCUGUUUUGGUGCAGGCCUUGGAAUCACGGUAUUUGGGAUGGCCUACAUGUUUGUCCACGAUGGAUUAGUUCAUAAGAGAUUCCCUGUGGGUCCCAUUGCCAACGUGCCCUACUUCAGAAGAGUUGCUGCUGCUCACCAACUCCACCAUUCGGAUAAAUUCAACGGGGCGCCAUAUGGCCUCUUUUUGGGACCAAAGGAAGUUGAAGAAGUGGGAGGGCUAGAAGAGCUAGAGAAAGAGAUAAGUAGGAGAAUCAGGUCCGGUUCAUGACCAUGCCAAGCUAGAGUUGUUUGAAAGAAUUGACUGUAGAAGAAAGGGAAACAAUACAAUUAAUGAAUGAAAUGAUUUGCAUCUUUUUUUGCUUUCA